ACUCGCCAUCCUUUCGUUGCGGAUGCUUCGGAUUCUGCACAUGUCCACUUUAUAAUAUGUUUAUGACAGACAGCGCAAAAUGUCAAGUGCGGCUCCAAAUCUGCUCCCCUUGGAACCUCUAGGCAUUAAGGAGCAUAAACUGAGCGGAACUUCCUUCAUACUCCGAGAUAUACACAAAGAGUUUAUAUACAAGGUUGUUCCAACAUAUUCCGCAACUGAAGCUAUUUUCUACUCAGUUGCAUAUCGCAUGAACACUCCCUUGGAUGGUCUCCGUGGAAACGAUAUAAAGAGGGAGGAUUUUAAAGACUUGAAUUUUCUUGUAGAUAAUGAGAUUAUCCCGUUUUUUAACGGGGUUGUACCGCUGUCACACAACAUAGAAUUAUCCGACCAACACACUUGGUAUGAAAUACAGUCCGGCAAAGUAACACAAAUAUGUAAAGCCAUAAAGCUUGAAAACCUUUUGCUUGGAUUUGAGAAACCUGCAGUUAUAGAUAUUAAACUUGGAGGGCACAAUAUAAACUAUGAUUUCAAUUACGGAAACUUGAGUGAGGAGGACCGUUUGAUGUUCAUUGAGCACUGGCGUAACCUGAAACACACGUACAGGAAAGCAAUAAUAAACCGCGAACCCAUGUCUAAGCAAACUUUUGAUAUAUCCGCUUCAGAUUUGGGUCUUCCAGAGCAGUUUGAUAGUUUGGAUCGCUAUUCUCUCCACACUUUGCUAAAGACAUGGAGACAAAAACAAGUUGCAUCGGAAACCACAGAGCUUGAGCUCGGGUUUAGAAUAUCUUCCAUCUACAUACAUGAUCCACUGUAUAAAAUUACGUCCUCUGAGGCCAAAAAGUUGAAUAGCUCUGAGGCAACGCAUAUACUCCAGAGGAUCUUUAGCGAUAGAUUAAAUUUACAAAAAUGUUUGCUUCACACCUUGAAGCUUCUCCGAGAUUGGAUCAGCAUCCAGAACUCGAUUUCAGUAGUUGCAUCCUCAAUUUUGAUAACUUUCGACCAACUGAAUGAUAACUUAUGCAAGGCAAAAUGGGUAGACUUUGCACAUGUUGACGCAGAAAAGUCGAUUGUUUUCGAAAAUCAUCAGCCAUCAAAUAUGAUGAGGGGAAUCGACAAUUUGGUCAGGAUAAUAGAAAAGGCCAAGGGUUAACCCUUAAUCUA